AUGUUUGGAAAAAAUAAAAAGAAGUAUUUAGAGCCCAAAUUUAAUGAUUGUACCUCAUCAGUACUUACUUGUCCUACUGAGCGAAUGGUAUCAAUAUCUCUUAAUGGUAUCAAACUGUUAGCAUUAGUAAUAGAUUAUAGUUUAACACUUAAUAAACUUCGCAGUGAAAUUGAAAAGCGCAAUAGUCAAAUAAAGAUAGAUGAUAUUUUUCUCAACAUUCACGGCUUUCCUAUUGCGUCAUGUGAUGAAGGAAAAAUUCGUAUCUCCAAAGUAGUUGAUAUCGACAAUGAUGACAUUAUUAUUAUGCACUCAAGAAGAAAACCGCUUUCAGAAACUUUAACUCAAUGGGAAAGAAUUUAUCGCAAUACUAAUCUUCUUCGAGGAAGACGUUUUUUGUCCGAAGGACCAGAAGUUGCGGAUUAUCCCGUUAUCAUAUUGAAGUCGAACUGGGAACCAAAUAGUCAGUCUUGUCAAAAUACUACAAUACAGCAUGAAAUAUCUUAUCAACAAGUAAAUGAUAAAUCUGCUGCUUAUAAAAUGUACAAACUAGAAACUAUAAAUACCUUACCUUUCGUUCAUUUAACAUUUGGUAAUAGUUCAAGCACUUAUAAAUCAUCAACAAUAAACACUGAGAACUCCUUGAAAACUUCUCAUUAUAAAAUUCCUCGGGCUAUUCAUACAUUCGAUCCAACUAUGAUUGAACUGGAUGCAAAAUUUAUCGAUGAGAUCGAUUCAAUAUUAAAUAAAUCUUCAACUGAAAAUAAAUACAAAAAAUUGACUGAAGUCUUCGAUAAAUACGGUCAUGCUUAUGCGGUUAAAGUCGUUCUUGGUGGUGAAAAAAUAUCUUUUACACAACACCACAUAGAUGAAUCAGAUAAUGAACGUCAACAUCAACAUCAAGUUCAAGCAAAUUUUGAAGCGUCGUGUGAUGAUUUUGAGUUGGGAGCCAACUUUGAACGAAAUAAAACACAAAAACAUAUGCACAAAACAGUGACUAACAAUUCAUCUGUAAAGCAUUCAAUUAUGGGUGGCGAUGGUUUAAUAAGAGAUAUAAAUGAAUGGUCUGAAUCACUGCGAAAUUUUGAAAAUUGGCGUAUUAUCAAAUAUGAACAGAUUGAACCAUUAUACACAUUAUUGGAUCAUGAACGACAACGAAAAAUUAAACUUGUCAUCGAUGAAUAUCAAAUGGAACAAGAACGACAAAGACAACCGUCAGUUCGAUGUCGAACUGUUCCUGCCGAACUUUCAUUUAACGAAAAUGACGGUACUUUUACUUUGGAAGUUCCUCAUGAACAUCAUCAUAGAAUAGUUUUUCGUACUUCACGUUCUGAGCGAACGGCAAUAUUAUUUUUCUACUCGCCAUCAGGCGACGAAUGGUAUUUAAAAUACAAAAAACAAAAACACAAUAUAUGGAUAUCUCUGAAACGAGUUCCAGUUGAUAUGGAUAUACCAAAAUUUGCUGUUAACAUAAUUCAAACUCUUCUCACAACAAAUCCAAUACCAAAUGAUGUAAUUUUGGGAGCCUGUCAGUUUUAUGAUAGUAUUUAUAUUAAUACUUUAACUAAAUUUGGAGAAGCUAUUUCUGAUUUAGGCUUUAAAAAACUGACUUUGAACACUAAUUAA